AGUUAAUGACCAAUCGGAUUAUAAUAAAUCGGCUAAACUUAAAUAAUCUAUGCUAUUCCGAUCAAUAGCUCAUGGGCCUUGACAACAAUAGCACUGGUGUUUAUUAUCUCAGUACUAGAAAUUAACUAAAUAAAUAUCCGUAACGCGGCAUCAUGAGCGGACGGGGAAAAGGUGGUAAGACGCGCGCUAGGGCAAAAAGUCGAUCAGCUCGUGCUGGAUUACAAUUUCCUGUUGGUCGUGUUCAUAGACUCCUGAGAAAGGGCAAUUAUGCUGAACGUGUUGGAGCUGGUGCUCCAGUUUAUUUAGCAGCCGUUCUAGAGUAUCUAGCUGCUGAAGUGUUGGAAUUAGCUGGCAAUGCAGCAAGAGACAAUAAGAAGACACGUAUAAUUCCUCGUCAUCUACAAUUAGCUAUAAGAAAUGAUGAAGAAUUAAACAAAUUAUUGGGUGGAGUUACAAUAGCACAAGGUGGAGUUUUACCAAAUAUUCAGGCUGUACUUCUUCCUAAGAAAGCUGAAAAACCAAAAACAUAA